UCCGGGCGUCAUUCAGGCAGUUCUCGGCUUCCCGGCCCAGAGUGUAGGGACUCCACCCAGCCGGCCCACCACGCACUCCCGAGGGACUCCCCUCACCCGCUCAGGCCGCGGUCGGCCUCUAUCUGCUGCUCGCCCCGCGUCCCCGCCUCGGCUCACGAACCCUGGUUUCUCCGCCAAACUCCCCUCGUCUUCUGAGAGCCGCCUAGAUUGUACAUCUCCUCCCCUCGGUCUUCCGUCUUUCCGCUGUUCUCCUCAGAGACAUACCCGUAAGAAAACAGCACGAAGAUGGUUAAGAAACAGCUCAACACAACCUGGAAAUAGCGCGGGCUUUUUUUUUUUUUUCCCCUGGGUCAAACACAUCGAAUUCCCUAGGAAAACUCAGGAAGGAUUAGUCUUCCACCUACCCCCUUCCGUACCGAGGACUCACACAAUGUAGUUGCAAUAGAAAGGCAGGAUCUUGUCCCAGGAGGUCAUCCGCCUCCCAGACACCAACCCCACCCGCAAGUCCUCAACAGAAAAAAGCCGGCCCCUGGUAAGAGACCUUCAGAACCGCAUCUAAACCCAGAUUUCAGCCCAGCUCUGGAAGACUUAAAAGGCCAUUUUCUACCACCAUUCUGCACCUAGUUACGGAAGCUAUGCCAGCCACUCAGAUUCAUAGGGUUCUUAAAAUGGUAAUUUGGAGUAAAAUGUAACUCAGAGAACUUUGAAUCAUUCAUUAGCACCCUAUAAUUACUCUGCUAAUUAGGUUGACACGGCACUUAAUCAGGAGUAAUACGCCGUCUUGUCACUGGCAAUUCCCAUUACUCUGACAUUCAACAAGAGACAGGUUGGAGACGUCCUAGAGAAAAUAAUGCAAGUUGAUACCCUCCGACGAGGCGUCACAGUCAAGACACGCUCCAGGUCCCCAGUGGAUCCACAGUGACUGUUUCCUUUCCAAAAGGGCGGCCGGAGAGGGCGAGGAAGGGGGGUGGGUGUGGAGACAGAAGGAGACAGAGACACAGAGAGAGAGACAUUGAGACUGAGAUCUGCCUGGUGGCGAGGAGGGCAUACAUGCUGCGGCCCCACCACUCGGUUCCCGAGUCCCAGGCCGGCCUGAUAGCAUAGUGAACCUUGGCUGCCCUCGGCGCUAGAGAACGCCUCGAGGCAUUAUUGUCCCCGCUCGGGAGAAAGUGUCUGGCCACGUAUUUCUUCCAGCACGGGCCCUGACUAGAGACCAGGCUGGCACCCCGGUUUUGAGCAGCAGGCUACUUGUCUUCCACCCCUACCGAGAGUGCCUGGUGGACGCGGAUCCCUCUCCAUUUCCCCCUCAGGGACCGGCUGCCCAGCUGGGCCACAUCCGGGACACCCGAGCUCUUUGGGGGAGAAAUCAGAGCUCGGAGUCCGCCCGCCCACCCAGAGCUCCGGCUGCUGGAGUUACACACUUCCCUCUGGGUUCCUUCCUCUGCUCUCAGUGUCUUUGGACUAUUAAAGCGCUUGUUUGAGGAGGUGCGUGGCGGCAGCGCUGGAGUUUAAAGCUUCCUUUGCUUGGUCGAGGCGGCGGCGGAGUGGUGUGGACCUCAUGUAGAAAUGACAACAAUGGAAGGGGCCAGCGGGUCGAGUUUUGGAAUAGACACGAUUUUGUCCAGUGCCAGUUCGGGCAGCCCAGGCAUGAUGAAUGGAGAUUUCCGCCCGCUCGGCGAGGCCAGGACCGCGGAUUUUAGGAGUCAGGCCACUCCGUCCCCCUGUUCGGAGAUUGAUACCGUAGGAACGGCGCCUUCCUCUCCCAUCUCGGUCACCAUGGAGCCCCCGGAACCGCAUCUGAUAGCGGACGGGCCCCAGCAUCACCACCACCUGCACCACAGCCAGCAGCCUCCGCCAGCCGCGGCCCCUACGCAAAGUUUGCAGCCUUCGCCCCAGCAGCAGCAGCAGCCGCCGCCGCCGCCGCCAGCGGCCCAGCAGCUGGGCUCGGCCGCCUCGGCCCCCAGGACUUCCACCUCUUCUUUUUUAAUUAAGGACAUCUUGGGCGACAGCAAACCUCUGGCGGCGUGUGCACCGUACAGCACCAGCGUCUCCUCUCCCCACCACACCCCGAAGCAGGAGAGCAAUGCAGCGCACGAGAGCUUCAGGCCAAAGCUCGAGCAGGAGGACAGCAAAACCAAACUGGACAAGCGGGAAGAGUCCCAGAGCGACGUCAAAUGCCACGGAACAAAGGAGGAAGGAGACCGGGAGAUUUCAAGUAGCCGAGAGAGUCCCCCUGUGAGAGCCAAAAAGCCUCGUAAAGCUAGGACGGCUUUCUCCGACCACCAACUCAAUCAACUGGAGCGUAGCUUUGAACGACAGAAGUACCUGAGUGUGCAGGAUCGCAUGGACCUGGCGGCUGCACUCAACCUCACUGAUACCCAGGUCAAGACCUGGUACCAGAACCGCAGGACCAAGUGGAAGCGGCAGACUGCGGUGGGCCUGGAGCUGCUGGCUGAGGCGGGGAAUUACUCAGCACUGCAGAGGAUGUUUCCAUCGCCUUAUUUCUACCACCCAAGCCUGCUGGGCAGCAUGGACAGCACGACCGCGGCGGCGGCCGCUGCUGCCAUGUACAGCAGCAUGUACCGGACUCCUCCUGCGCCCCAUCCCCAGCUGCAGCGGCCCCUGGUGCCCCGAGUGCUCAUCCACGGCCUGGGGCCCGGGGGACAGCCGGCCCUCAACCCCUUGUCCAACCCCAUCCCAGGUACUCCGCACCCCCGGUGAAGAGCGAGCCUGCAGACCCUCCCUGUCCCCUCCCUGACCAGGACAGCUCCCCCUCCUCUCCCCCAACCAGGCAGUCUGGCCUCCCUUGCAGUCUACCAGGAAGCAAAGAAGUAAGAGAGGAAGAUGCUCAGCAGUGGGCGGGGGUCCCCCGAAAGUGCCAGCCCUCCGCACUUCAUCUCCCCACCCCCAGAGACAGGGCUGGAAAGCUCCCCCACAGCAGUGUGACUGGCGAAAACGCUGACCCCACACAGAGUGCGACCAGUAAGUGAAAACAUCAACAAAAACAAAAACCUCAAGUUCUUUUUAAAAAUGACUUUAGGGACAAGCAGGAGGGAGGGUGGGGGGUGGGGUAAGGAGGGAAGAAAGAAGGGCAAGGAGAGGAAACUGCACAGGCAGAGAGAAUUGUAGAUGAACAGCCUCAGAUUCCAAGGCAGAGGGCGUUGCUGUGGACAUUCCGUCUGGCCCAGAGAAAAGAGGAGGGUAACUGAGAACUUUGCACUGAAUUCUCAUGACCUUUUUUCUUUUGGAAAAGUGGCAUGCUCCAUAAUAUGAAAAAAAAAUGUACAUUUGAAAGACUGAGUGAUAAGUGAUAUAUCAUAUUUAUUAUAUGUUGUCCAAAAAAGAGUCACUUAUAUACCUUAGUAAAACAUGAUUUUUCUUUUCA